AUGAAGUGGAUCAACUCCCGUUAUCUUCUCAACGUCAAUCAGGAACUCUCUGCAGCAUGCAGCAGUGGAUCGCAUAUAUAUGGAAAAGUAGAAUGUUUCCAGUUUCCCUCAACAAUCUCAAAUGCAGGUAUCUCAGAUGAUAAUCUAGCUCGAAGUAGUCGGAAUCGAAGUCGAGGCGAAAGCCCGCUUCGAAUACGUGCCACACCUCAUAAGGAUCAAUUUACAGCUAUGAAGGAGGCCUUCGAGAAUUCAUUCCCAGAUUAUGAAUUCUCAACUUUGCUUCCUGAGCAUUUUCAGAGAAUUGCGACGCCGGAACAGGCCAGAUCAACUAUCUCCUGGAACGUCUCGUCGUACUUGCCUGAUAACGAAGCGUUAUCGGCCCACCUGUGGAACGCCAUCGAAAAUGACGUCUCACCGGCUUUCUGCGAUAUAUAUGCUUACGAGCCAACAUGCUCCGAUGUUUUUACUGAGAACGGAGCGUUGUGGAGUAAGGUUUUUUUGUUUGUAAACGAUAAGGCACGCAAGGUUCUCCUCUUCCACAUCCGCGAGGGCGCCCAGGGAUUCGAAAGUGAGGACGAAGACGAGUCUUGCUCUUACGCUGAAUGCCUUAUCGAUAAUUAUUAUCAGUAUGGUGUUUUUUAA